CCAUGUCUCCUUAGGGCAUCUAUGUUCGCCCAUAUUUUCUUCAAGUUCCUAUCUUAGAUAAACUAAAAAUUUGAUUCAUGGAAAUGUUUGUCACCAUGUAGACAUUAAGCAAAACUUGAUUUUUAAAUGUUUAUUGUUAUUGACUACUUAAUAGUUCCACAGCACUUUUCAAGUAACUAUUUGUAAUGGUUCCUACUUUCCAUUGCUUUUUGUUUUAUUGAGAACCUCUAGGACACAGUUGAAGAUAGAGCAGUGGUAGGAGCAGAAUCCAUUCCACAUUCUAUCCCUUGGUGCACAGUGAACCCAUUGGGACACAGAAGGUAGCAUUUGUUGAACUGGUAAGUGAUGUCAUAUUUUCUGGUGAACCCAAGCAUCUGUAUUCUUCACAGCUUUGGAAAGGAUGCAUUGUUUUCCACAUUUCACAGACGGAGGAGCGGAUGUCAGGAAAAACAUAACUUGUAGAAGAACACAUAGUUUGGAAUGUCUAAACUGCUGUAACAAAAACAUCUUCGUGAUUGCAAAACCCCUUCCUGUCAUCAAAAGUGACCUGAAAGACUCAAGAAGAAAUCCAGCUGUGGCAUCCAUCUCUACUCUUUCCUUCCCUCCCUUGAGUCCUCCUCCUAGGCCCAGGCCGAGGCUGUGCCUUCUAGAUUCUUCUUCAGGGCCGGAAGGGAUUCUGGGCUCACCGGGCGAGCAUCUCGGUGGAGGCCUGGGGCGGGCUCUCUCAUUUUAUGAGGAGUUGUUAGCUCAUGGGGUUUUGGUGCCUCUGACCUCGCCUAUUGAAGGAAUGAUGGUGAAGGAAGGAGAUUGCAACUUUGUGGCACCUCAAGGAAUCUCUUCAAUUAUUAAGCACUACUUGAAAGAAUCAGGUGCAGAAGUCUUCUUCAAACAGCGUGUGACCCAGAUCAACCUGAGAAAUAAUGUGUGGGAAGUCUCCAAAGAGACAGGCUCCCCUGAGCAAUUUGACCUUGUUAUCCUCACCAUGCCAGCUCCUCAGAUUCUGGAACUUCAAGGUGACAUUGUGAACUAUGUUCCCUCUGAUUCAUGAUCCUGCUACCAUGGUGGACUUCCCGGCUUCAGCGUGUGCCAGAGGAAACCCUGCUUCACUAAGCUGCCUUUUUCAGGUCUUUCGCCACAGCAACAAUGAAAGUGACUAGUGUAGUUAGUGUGUACAGAAUGGUGAUUUUAUCUGGCAAAAUGGUCAGAUAUUGGCAAUUUCACUUGAGCCAACAAAAGUGCUGUAUAUAAAUAAAGGAGCUGAAAUAAAGCAAUGAGCAAGGACAGUCAUU